AUGAAAUGUUCGAUAGAGGGUUGUAAAAUACCUAAAGAAGAGGGAGGGGAAGAGAGAAGGGAGGCCACACAUGUUCAAAUAGAGCCUGAAAACCACAAUUCCUUUUGCAAAGAACACUACACACUCAAGCUUAAAGAGAAUAGCGAUCAAGAAAACUACAUAUCAAUAUCAGAUUAUACACAAUUAGAGUCUUCUGGUUUUCAUUUUAGUGGUCAAGAUUCUUCUUCGAUAAGUGAAGAGCAAGCAAAAGAAACAGACUUAAAAUCAAAGCUGGUUCGCUUGGAUGCAAACAACAAAUUAGAAUAUGGUCCUGCCCUUCAAAAGUUGGAGAGUCUAGACCAUUUUCUAUUUGUCCCUAUUGUUGGAGCUGCUGAAACUGGUAAAUCGACACUUGCUAACUUCUUGUUGGCCGAAAGAGAUGACCUCAAGGCCAUUGUCAGACCAAGUACCCGUGACGACUAUGACGUUCCAACAUCAUCUGACUACAACGCAUUCGUAGCUGGUAGUCUUGGAGUCAAUGGAACUGUCAACCCCAGUAUCGUUGUUGUUGAUAGCGAGCCCUAUGAAUGCCAAGAAGUACCUUUUCUCUCGCAGCAGAAAAAGGGGUCAGACAGAUCAAAUUACACAAAGCUUAUGUCUCGUCUCUCGUAUAUCUUUGGUGAUGUAAUGGUCUAUGUAACAGACGAUGCCAAAACAGCAACAGGAAAUACCUGGGAGGCUCUCAAAGAGUUUACAAAGUUUAGCGACAACAAGGUUGUCAAUCUUUCGAGAAAGCCUCAUCUUAUUGUUGUUCACAACAAACAAACAACGGCCGACAAGAUUGACAAUGAUCAAUACGUCAAUCUGUUGGACAAUGCAUCCCUUUACAGUUCAAUUCAAGUGGUUUCUAUCCCAGAGUUUAGGUCGUUCCCAAAGACUUGCGUAGAGAGGCUAAAUGAUUUCAGGGAUAUGGUGCACACCACUCUUAAACAAUCCUUUAAUCAAAACAAGGUCGAAGAGUUCCAGUCCAAAACCAAAAUAACAAACUUGUCCCAAGUAAUUCCACUUCUCACUCGUGAUGCAAUCAUCGAUAUGUCCAAGUUCAAAACUUUCAGAGACAACAGAAUAUGCAAUGGUCUUGCUCAAACUUUACGUCUCUUUAUUAAAACCGAUAAAAAAGUUGUCGAAGCAAAACAGUUUACCGAGGCUAUCAAGAAAAUCAACAACAUUGUCCAUCUGGCAAUCCACCAAAACAAAACAAAAGAUUUUGGAGAAAUCGUUGAACAGUUGAAAGAAUUUAUCGGAACCAAUUAUGCGCCAUGUACCACCGACGUUGGAGGUGGUACCAGAAAAUGUAUUUUAAACAAACGAUCCCACAACUCAACAGGAACCUCCCAACACAAGUUUAACGAUGACAAUUAUGAAGAUGGUCAAUAUGAAAACAAUUUAAAUUGGCAGACUUUGUUAACUACCCAACCGACCCAAACAAAAGUGGAACUCCAACAAAUUAUAAAAAAAUCAAUAUUGCUUUACAAAGACAAAGUUCCAUCACACGACAUAUGCUUUGGAUGCCUGAUAAACUUCCCAUCCAAGCUAUUGACAUGUGGACAUUUCUGCUGCCUUUUUUGCCAAAAGGAGUGUUGUGACGAUCCUCAGCCCAAGUCUGUUUCAGAAGAGAUGUCUAAUGGAUCAGGAUACCGAGUCCUCAGUUUGGAUGGUGGAGGUGUCAGAGGAGUCAUGCCAUGCAUCAUUCUUGAUCGCAUUCAAACACAACUCUAUACUAUUCCAAUACCCAAGUUAUUCGACCUCAUUGUUGGAACAAGUACUGGUGGAUUACUUGCUCUUGGUUUGUCUCUUCCUCAAGACUCUGCUGACUCUCUACUGACUCCCAAGGAAAUGAAAGAGAAAUUCGUACUUUUGAGCAAAGAUGUGUUUGGGAUAGGGUACUUGACCAUGGGUGCAAACAUGUACAAAUACAAAGCUAGGUACGAUGCAGGCGAAUUAAAAAAAAUUCUUUUGCCAUUCAUCUCUGACAGCCAAUAUCUCCUCAAGUCCAAGUCGCAAACAAGAAUUGCAACGGUCACCGCUCCAACCGAACCAGGCAAGGUGUGUCUAUUGCCAUCCUACAACAUUGAAGAUAUACCAAGAAAUGAAAACCUCUUACAGGAUGAAUGGAGAAGAGAAUAUAUCAAGUCAGGCACCCCAAUGGAUGCAGCAUUGGCCACCUCUGCAGCCCCAUCAUACUUUAGAGCACACACCAUUGGAGAUAACCCCGCUCAAUACAUGGAUGGAGGAUUGCAUUCCAACAACCCAUGUGAAAUCGCUCUAUCCGAGGGAAAGAGAAUAUGGGGAAAGGAAAAGAAAUGUGACUUUUUAUUGUCUCUUGGUACAGGCUCUGCCGAUAGCAUAGUUAGCUAUUCUACGAGCGGAGUCGUCCAAUAUUUUAUGAAUUCUUGCACAAACAACAGUCGCAGUUGGAGCCAAAUGAUGGAUUACCUGUCGGAUGAUCAUUACACAACAUCAAUCAGAAUUAAUCCAAAGCUCGCCAGCCCAAUUGGUCUUGAAGAGCAUGAUAAAAUCGAACAAGUUAUAAAAGAAACGAAUGAAGCAAUAGAGAAUAGUUUAACUUCUCGAAAAGACCCUAUUCCAAAUGGAAUACAAGAUAAAAUCGAUAAGAUCAGCAAUCGAAUUUUAUCUACUCUCUUUUAUGCAGAAUUUACUCAAGAGGCUGGUGGCAUCCUCAAACUUACAAUCAAAUCAAGAUUUGCAUUGCCCAGCAAACUUGUCGAAAAAAUCAACAAAGACAGCUUCAAACUUGAAUGCUCAUCAAAGAGAAGCAAGAGAAGUACCAUUGAAGAAAUCAAUUCAACCAAGGAUUUCCCCUUUACAGGAAAAGUAAACAAAAAUCCAACCACAGGAGAAAACCAACAUGUCGAAAUUGUGGGCGGUCUGUCCCUCACCUCUCUCCCAAAGAAAUUAAAUAUCACUUGUCAUAUCGAAUGUUAUCGUGUUGACAAUCGUACCAAUGGAGAACUUAUAUCUGGAUGUCCAUACAAAUUACCAACCAACAACAACCACUCUUAUCAAAAUAAUCAUAGCACUAUCAAUUCUCCACCCUCGUCAUCAUCGGUGGUCUCUACGCCCCCGCUAUCAGCUAUGAUAUAA